AUGGGUAUCGCGACGGAUGAAAGUUUUAACGGUGGAGAGAACACCAAGACUGUGGUCCUUUUAUUGGCUCUAAUUGCUGCAAGUAGCUGCAACCCUGUGCCACUGACAUGCAUCUCCAAUCAUUCUCUCGCUCAGAGUGGCCUGUACCCUAACAAAGCUGCUUUUGCCGUCCAAUCCUUUACUCUAUCACCCAUUGACAUCGGUAGGAGUCAGUCCUCUACGUGCUCCAACACCAUCUUCACCGGGAUCUCCAGUGACGCCACUUGCCCAUCGGGUACAGCUCCUGGUAGCACGUUGGUAGUCAACGAGAAUGGCCUAUGUCCUUGGACCUACGUGGAGUGCUUUGAUGCGGAUCGCAUCCCGAUGGCGUUGCAGGUGGCCCAGUGCCAGUGCAGCGGAUGCCUGGACCCCUACACCCACACCCCGAAUCCCAACCUUCAGUGCACCCCUGUCAAGAGGAACAUCAAGGUGUUGAAGAAGACCCGGUGCGCAGGAGGGAUGUACAAGUACGAAGAGCAGACUCUGGCUGUCCCUGUGGCAUGUGCCUGCAUGCGACAGAGAGUGGCCUAA